AUGGCUGUUCAAGUUCUCAUUCCGCAAAAUUGCCUCAGUAACUCUUUAACCUCACGAAAAGCAUCACUCCCUCCUUUGUUGAAAUAUGAACCUAAACCCAAUUCUAGCCCUAGGAGUAAGCCUGAUAACCAUAAGCCGAAUAGCCUUAACUCUAACCAGGCCAUCCGUGCUCAGCCUAACUGUCAAAAGCAGCGAAAGCGAGGCCGGUUACAUAACAGCAGCUCUCCACCGGCCAGCUCCGCUGUCCAGAAACCAACUGUGGCCAAUAACCAGCUGAUCUACGGUCAGGUCAAAAUCCUCAAGCGCUGCGGCGAGAAAUUGAUCGAACCCGCAGCACAGCAUCAGCCAACACCCACUCCUAAAGAAAAUCGCCUUUCACCAAAGAACGUUCAAGGACACUGGUUCUAUGCCGGGUCGUGCACCUCUAUUACCUCCCCGCCUCCAAGUUCGCUUCCUAUGCCAUCGUUUCUUUCAAAGAAUACAGUAGUUUCAAACACCGAGGAUGUUCAAGAAAUUACUAUAGCGUGA